GCUUUAUAUAUAAUACACUGUUCAACUCUGAUGUUAGCUUAAAUAAAUUGUUUAUUCAGAUCAUUUUGAACCACCUGAAACAACAUGAUUUAUCAAACAAUUAUUUUUGCUUUUAUCACACUUUGUCCAGCAAUUAUUUUUGCUGAAAAUGCAACAAAAACAGUGAUUGGUGUUGAGAUUUAUUACGAGACACGUUGUGGUGAUAGCAUCAGAUUUAUUGAACAACAAUUAUUGCCAUCAUAUGCUGCCUUAAAAGAUCACCUUGACAUCACAUUCAUUCCUUAUGGCAAAGCAACGCACAAGUAUGAUGAAUCAACUGGAGCAUGGGAAUUUUCUUGUCAGCAUGGACCCUUAGAAUGUGCUGGAAAUAAAGCUCAAGCUUGUGGACUUGAUGCUAUAAAAAAACAUGAAGCCACGGAAAAUCAACAAUUUUAUUCUGUUAAUUUUGUUGGUUGCAUUAUGAAAGCAGGCCAUGAUGAAAUUCUUCCAGUAGAAAAUUGUGCAAGAAGUGCCAAUUUAAAAGAAGAAACAGUGACACAAAUUUUAAAUUGCAAAAAUAAUGAUACCAUUGCAGAUGUUCUUUUAGUUGCUCAUGGUGAAAAAACUAAAACUUUAAAUCCAAGCCUUUCAUUUGUUCCAACUGUUGUCAUUAAUAAGGAAUAUCCAAGUGAUCAGGGAAAUUAUAUUAGAAAUAAUUUUGUAAAAUCAAUUUGUGAUCGUUUGCCAACAACUGAAGUUAAACCACAAAUUUGCACAGCUUGAAAUAUUUUAAUUAAUGAAUGAUUGUAUAAUUUUUUUUUUCUUAAAAUAACAUUAAAAAACAA